CUGUGGGAGAGACAGAACGUAACCCAGAGAGGGAUAAAGACUGAAAGACGAGAGAAAGAUAACAUUGCAAACAUGGCAGAGGCCAGUGUGUUUUUAGCUCAAGAUCAGUUCACUUGUGCAAUCUGUUUGGAUCUCUUAAAGGAUCCGGUGACUAUUCUCUGUGGACACAGUUUCUGUAUGGAUUGUAUCUCAGGCUGCUGGGAUCAAGAGGAUCCAAAGGGAGUCUACAGCUGCCCACAAUGCAGACAGACUUUUACUCCAAGGCCAGUUCUGGGCAGAAACACAAUGCUGGCUGAAGUGGUGGAGAAGCUGAAGCUUCUGGGACUCCAGUCUGCUCCUGCUGCCCACUGCUAUGCUGGACCUGGAGAUGUGGAGUGUGACGUCUGCUCUGGGAGAAAGCGGAAGGCUGUCAAGUCCUGUCUGGAGUGUCUGUCGUCUUAUUGUGAAACUCACUUUAUGUCUCACAACGACCUCUUCCCAGGGAAGAAGCACAAAGUGAUUGAAGCUGCUGGUAAACUAGAGGAUCUGAUCUGCUCUCAGCAUGAUAAACUGCUGGAGGUCUUCUGUCGCACUGAUCAGACAUGUAUAUGCAUGCUGUGUGUCAUGGACGAACACAAAGGCCAUGACACAGUUUCAAUUGCAGCAGAGCGGACCGAGAAACAGAAAGAUCUGGGAGGAACACAGAGAAAAUUCCAUGACAUCUUCAAAGAAAAAGAGACUCACCUGCAAGACCUCAGAAAGGCUGUAAAAGCUCUUCAGAGUUCUGCUGAUGCAGCAGUGGAGAACAGUGAGAGGGUCUUCACUGAGAUGAUCCGCUCCAUUGAGAAAAGACGCUCUGAGGUGACGAAGCUGAUCAGAGAUCAGGAGAGAGCUGAUGUGAGUCGAGCUGAAGAACUCAUGGAGACACUGGAGCGGGAGAUCGUUGAGCUGAAGAGGAGAGUUGCUGAGUUGGAACAGUUCUCACAGAGUGAAAAUAACAUAAAGUUUCUCGAGAGUUUCCAGUCUCUGUGUGCCUCCACUACAUCUGACAAGUCAUCUACGUGCUCAGUGCAUACAGAUGAGCUUUUUGAGAGAGUGAGUGACGGCCUCACUGUGCUCAAAGAGAAACUGCAGGAUGUGCUCCACCAGGGACUACAGGACAUGACUAAAACUGGUGAACAAAUCAGCAUGUUCAGACCUUCAGAGCCUGUGACCAGAGAGGAUUUCCUGAUAUAUUCCCAUCAGCUGACAUUGGACCCCAACACGGCUCAUAAUCAGCUGAAACUGUCUGAGGGAAACAGAGUUGCAGAAAGGGUUAAAACGAGUCAGUCAUAUCCUGAUCAUCCAGACAGAUUUAGUCGUGUGGCACAGGUGAUGUGUUCAGAGGCUACAUCUGCCAGGUGCUACUGGGAGGUCGAGGUGUCUGGGUAUGAUGUCCAUAUAGCUGUUUCAUACAAGGGGCUGAAGAGAAAAGGAAGUAAUAGUUAUGUUUAUUUUGGGUACAAUACAAAGUCCUGGGCAUUGGAGUGCUAUUCAUCUGGGUUCUGCUUCCGCUAUAAUAAUGAAUCAAUUAAUCUCCCUCAUGAUCAGAUCUCCUCUAGAAUAGGAGUGUAUGUGGAUCACAGGGCAGGAACUCUGAGCUUCUACAGUGUCUCUGCUGACACUAUGACUCUGCUGCACAAAGUAGAGACCACAUUCACUGAGCCACUAUAUCCUGCCUUUUGGCUCUACAAUGUUGGCAGCAAAAUCAAAUUGUUUCAGUGAUAAGAAGAUGCCUGAAGAAGAUCUAUGAUCGAAACGUUGCUCCAAAUAAAUUAAGUCUUUUGCAAGUCGUGUGCAGAUCCUUUCCCAAUCCUAUAUGACAAUUUUUUGAUUUGGCACCUGCUGAUGCUUUUCUGCUGGAUGUACGCGCUUUCAACUACACUCUGUCAGUGAUGACAAACCAGCACAAAAACACAUUUAUAUGCUAAAAAGGAAUGUAUCUUGUGAACCGAUUUAGAAUUCCCACUCUUUGCGAUAUUCAGUUUAGAUGAGAGCAUUUUUCAGUGAUUACAUGAUCUUGCCCUGUUGAAAUAUUGUGAGUGCUGAUAGUGAAACUUUUUUGUUUAUUUGUUUGCUUGUUGAAUUGCUUGUAGAAUGGGUGUUCAGUAUUUCAUUAUUACUCCUCAGAUAUAUUGUCUGCCAGGCCCUCCAGUGUCAAUAGCGAGGUCAUCACCCAGUGCUGUCAUGCUCUCAGUAUACUGGUGUCAGCUGCUGUCAUUGGGUCGUCCCUGACCAAUGAAGAGUGGAGAUUGUCCACAUUCCAGGUAAAGAUGCAGGGUAAAGGCUGACAGAAGUCCUGGAGUGAGGAGUAAACACACAUAGGCCUGUGUUUUAUUAUGAUUUCCAUUCCAUGGCAGGAUUACGUUUCGACCAUUGAGAAUCUGAUGAAGAUAAUGGUCAAAAUGUAGUCGUCCCUUACCAGGUCAUAUUCAGUUCAUCCUGGCUGUAGAUGUAAUGUGGGGUCUUCCUGGUUACUAAUGUGGUGCAUACUUUACUGUUCAUCUACAGGUGGUGGCUAAUGGAUGUUUAUAUAACACUGUCUGUAAACAUUAAUAUGUGGUACAUUCUUCAUCUUCCAAGUGU